AUGGACGGUCCUCUCCGCCGCCCAGCGGGGAUCCUCGGCUCCCCCCCGGCUUCCGGGAGCCAGCCCGCGGGCUCCGACAUGCUCACCUCCGGCGGCAGCGGCGGCGGCGGCAGCAAGCCUCUCGCUUUCUCCAUCGACCGGAUUAUGGCCAGGACGCCCGAGCCCCGGUCGAUACCGCUCCCCAGCUGGUUCCAGGGCGCUCCCGCGGGGAAGCACGACGUGUGCCCGUCCUCGCUGCACUGCAUGAUCCCGCUGGUGCCGCUCGGGUACGAGCCGGGCCACCGGCUCAGCAUCGGCGGGCUGGAUCCGGGCCACUUGGACGCGUCCGCGCUGCCGGCUCCCGCGGACUUCCUGGGCUUCGGCCUCAACUAUAAGAGCGCGCAGGAGGAGUCGGCGGCGAGCGGCGGCGGCGGCGGCGGCCAGUACAAGCUCUUCAGACCGCGGGUGGUCAACCAGUCCUCCUUCCCCUCCGUGGGCACCGUGGGCACCGUGUGCUACCUGAACUGCGGCGGGGACGGCGGCGCGUGCGCUCCGCCGGCCGGGCUCGUCAACCUUCACCCCAUGGCCUCCUACCUGCUGACGGCGCGGCACAAAGCCUUCCUGACGGACAAGAGCAAGGCGGGCCCGCCGCAGGCCGAGCGCUACCCGGGCUCCGUGGGCCUGGCCCCGGGACACCUCCACCGGGACCACAUCCUCACCGACAAGAUCCUCAAGGGCUCCGCGGCGGCGGCGGCGGCGGCGGCGGCGGCCGCGCGCCUCAGCGGCUCGUGCCCCGGCACCAAGCCCAAAGUUUUCACCUGUGAGGUCUGCGGGAAGGUCUUUAACGCGCACUACAACCUGACCCGCCACAUGCCCGUGCACACCGGCGCGCGGCCCUUCGUCUGCAAAGUGUGCGGGAAAGGCUUCAGGCAGGCGAGCACGCUGUGCAGGCACAAGAUCAUCCACACGCAGGAAAAGCCGCAUAAGUGUAACCAGUGCGGAAAAGCCUUCAACCGCAGCUCCACCCUCAACACGCACACCCGCAUCCACGCGGGGUACAAGCCGUUCGUGUGCGAGUUCUGCGGGAAAGGAUUCCACCAGAAAGGGAACUACAAGAACCACAAGCUGACGCACAGCGGCGAGAAGCAGUUCAAGUGCUCCAUCUGCAGCAAAGCCUUCCACCAGGUGUACAACCUGACCUUCCACAUGCACACGCACAACGACAAGAAGCCCUUCACCUGCCCCACCUGCGGGAAGGGCUUCUGCAGGAACUUUGACCUGAAGAAACACGUCAGGAAGCUGCACGACCCGGCCGGGGCGCCGUCGCCCCCCCAGCCCCGCUGA